AACAGACAGCACACAAACACACCCCACACCUCACACACACACAUUUCCAUGUUGUCUCUUCCUCACAUGCACAAACUCGUUAAAAAAAACACCCCACCCUGUGGGACUCUGCUGCCAGCUGUUUCUGGUUAGGCAGUUGGGCCUGCAGUGAAGAGGCGGAGCAGGCAGGCAAAAGUCAUGGAGCGGCAGCUGGAGCUCGCUGCCCUGGGUCUGGCCCUCACAGGGUGGCUUUGUGCCAUUCUGACACGCUGCCUGGCCCUGUGGAAGGUGAGCGGCACCCUGGACAACACCACGGCAACUCUGCCUGCCUACUGGGAUGGGGUGUGGCUGGAAUGGGAUCACUGGGACCUGGCCCACGACGGCAGCCUGCACUGCUCUUUCUACCAAUCGCUCAUGUCCCUUUCUGGAAGCUUUCGGACGUGGAGAGCCCUCAUCAUGGCAGCCAUCGGAGCCGGGGCUUUUGCUGCGGUGAUUGGAGCAGCGGGGGCGGUGUGGUUCCCCAUGCGUGGCCAGAUCAAAGUGUUUUCUGGUGUCCUCUUUGUUUUGUCUGGCAUACUGUUGCUUGUUCCCACAGCCUGGACGUGCCAUCACACCAGCCAGCCACUGGAGGGUGUUGUGUUGCUGAGAAGAGACUGGGGACCUGCACUGUACCUUGGAUGGAUCUCCUUUGCUUUGAUGCUGGUGGGAGGGGUGUUUCUCACCACCAGAUGCCCCACUAGUGAGAGACAGGUACAGCAGCCUGAAGAUAGCAGGAAUCCAAAUGUAGAAGACGAGGCUAGUCACCCGCUGAGCAGGAUCAACAGGACUACGUUCACGCAAAGCCAGUAUGAACGCAGAUCACAGCCUAUCUGAGGGGACUGUGAUGUAAUAUUUGAUGACAGAGUGUGAGUGGUUGAACUGGAAAAUCAUUAAUACGUGAAAUGACUGUGGAUGGAUUUAACAGCAGAGGAAAACUUCUGGCUGCACAUGUUGAGUAAUGAUGCACUGGAUUAACAAUGUGUGAACUUAACAUUAGAAAGUAAAAGCACGUGUCAUGUAGCUAGUUUUUAGAUUUACAUCUUGUUUUGCUGUUUCUUCAUGUUUAUUGAAGCUAACACACUGUAUAUACUGUAUGUUAUUGUUUUACAUUCAAUCCUAACUUCCUCCAAUUCAACAUCACUGUAAAGUUACACGUGUCUGUUUGCUUUACUAGGUGAAAUUAUUGAUACUAAACUGACAUUAAGACAUUACAGCCCUCUGACACCUUUAAUACACUGUAAUGGCUCAAAUGUGAAUGAGUUAAUAUUGAUCUUAAAACUGAAUACUGUAUUGCACAAACACAUUGCCCUACACUAGAGUAAUGCAAUUGUAUAUCUGUUUUGUUAAGAGUGGCAAAAAUGUUUACAUCUGAGAUUAAUUCUGCACAAAUAAAGCAUUGCAAAUGAUUCAGAAAUAUUUGUUUACAGGUUACAUAAGCCAUGCAUUAAAGUGAUAUUAACUCAUUAUUCCACAGAGCAUUUGGGGAGGCAGUAAGGUGAGCAGUCCUUUUGACAUCUAUACUGUAGCCAUCUAUUUUUGAUUACUUUUCACAGUAGGCUGUGAAAUGUUCGGAUGUGAAACUUGACUUUUCAGACUUCUAUUUGCAGAUGUACGCCAAAGUCUAGCAGGUAUAUCAUGGGACAAUCAGUAUGAUACUUUUCAGAAUAAAGAACAGUUAACUGAGAGUGCACUUUGUUUACAGCGGAGGUCAAACCUAAAACCUGACAGGAAAACAUCUGUUUGAAUGACUAAAAACAUGAUUUCUGUUUUCUUUUACCUCAGAGGAACUAAAUUUCAUACAUUUCUGAUUUACAGACACCCUGAACUCCUGCUCAAAUGUGAGAAAGUUAGUGAAAACCCUGAAAUAAAAGAGUAUGAAAACAUGA